GCCCCCGACUCCGACGCCGACGCCGCCGCCGCCGCCGACGCCCCUUCGCCUCCCUCUCCGCGAGUGAAGGUCGCUCUGCUCGCUCUUUCUCUCUUUCCUCCACAAAGCGCCCCUGCUCCUGAACGCGGACGCCGCCGUCGCCUUCCCAAGCCCCACCGAUAGGCACCUCAGCAGAGGCGGAGGGGAGAACGGGGAGAGAGAGAGAGGAGAGAGGAGAGAGAGACGAUCUGCAGAGGAGAGCAGAGGAGUGCGCCGGAAAGGAUUCUCUUUUUCUAGAGUCAUCCGAAACCCCCACCAUUUCCUUUCCUUUUCUUUUUUCUGCUUCAUAUUCCGUGGGAAUAAGUAUGGCGGAAGCACGACGAGGAUUAGGGCCCGCCUUGCUGGAGUUGCAGGAUAUGGGAUUCAUGGCUGCAAGCGCGUCGAUGGCCAAGUGAGAUCAGAAGCCCACGUAACGUUGGGGGUAAAAGAGCGGUGAAAUCAGGCAACAGCCAUGUCAAUGCAGAAGAGGCCCCGCAUGAACAACGGAGAUGAUUUUAGAAAUAUUUUAGUCCCUAGCUCGCCGAUCCUGAGCUCUGAUGUGAUAAGCACUGUAGGUGCCAGUUCAUCACCCGAUCUUCCGUUUAGUGAGAAGAAUUUGCCCGAUCCGUCUGCCGCGUUUUCCCCAGAAAGUGUAUCAUAUAUAGAAGCCCUUGUACAUUCUCCUUUUGAUUACUACCGUGAGCCACAGAAUUUGAGUUCUGUCAUCUGCCAACGAGAGUUCGCAGCUGAAGAUUUGACUGACAUGCCUGAAGGUUGGCUGGCUGACUUGCCACUCUCAGUGAACGCAGAAGUGGAAGUAUCCGAUACCAAGGCUCCACAAGGAAAUGAAGGCAGGAUUGACAAUAUCAGGAGCAACGGUGAUCAAUUGACGAAGAUCAAUAGCCUUCUUGAUGGAUGGAGUGAAAUUGGUAAAAUCGCUGUGUCAAGUACAAAAAUUGGUGAGGGAAGUAAGGGGACCAUUGUCUAUGAGGGCAAAUAUGAUGGACGACUUGCUGCAGUGAAACGCCUUGUCCGGGAUUGUUUUGAUGAUGUUGUCUCCAAGGAGAUUGACAUUUUGAUAAAAGCUGACCGACAUGAAAAUAUUGUUCGGUAUUAUGGAGUGGAGAAAGACCGGCAUUUUGUGUAUCUUGCACUAGAGCUUUGUACUUGCAGCUUAGAUGAUUUAAUUCAAGUACGUUUAGAUUCUUCAAAUAACUCUGCGUACCCUCGUGAUCCAGCAUCAACAAGUGAUUACAAAAUCAAAUUGGAUUCUGUUAGGGGUAUGAUGCAAGAUGUUAACUUGUGGCGGGCAGAUAAUUAUCCCUCACCUCAGUUAAUGAAACUGAUGAGGACUCCUAAAAUCAACUCUCACAUAUUUGUAUUUGUAGUGAGCUUGCUUACAUAUGUUUUGCAUGACUCAGAAGCAUCUCAUAGAGAUCACCACCUGCAUGUACUCUUCUUUGCUGGCUCAUGUGGGUAUCAGGAUCUAGUUGAAGGACUUAAUAGCUCUCCUGCAAAAACUUCUAAGUGA